AUGGCACACGGACACUCGUCCUCCCGGCCAGCAGCAUCCCGUGCACGAAACAGCCGACGAGAGGCCUCCCGACGCAAAGACGAGCGCAGACGGAGGAAAUCACGACCAAAAACGACGACAUCAUCAUCGGAAGAGAACGGCAGUGGCUCAGGAUCCCUUUCGAGCGACGCCCUCGCACAAUUGGAGAGGGAAAAUGCACGCAGGAAGCGGGAGGAGGCGCGCAAGAAUCGCAAGGCCGAGCGCACAAAGAAGGCGACCAAGGGCUCAGACUACCGCGAGGUAGCGCAGGAAGCCACACCGAUAAAGGGGCGACAGAGAGACCGCGAAGCCAGGGAGGCGACCAGGCGCGCAAAACCAGCCAAGGGAAGGGAUAAUGGGAAGGGCAAGAGGAGGGUGGUCAGCGGGGCUAUGAUGGAGGAGGGGAGGAUCAAGCCUGGCGGCGGGGGGCUACGAGGCGGAGGUGGCAAGGAAUGGCGAUGGAGCGAUCAGAGCUACGAGAAGCCGGAUCAUCACUACCAGAAGCCGUCGGAGAAGAAGAGGAAGAAGAAGAAGAAGAAGUUAUGGAUCAUUCUGGGAUGCAGCCUGGUUAUUCUCAUCAUCAUCAUCGUCGUGGCAGUGGUGGUGAGCAAGAAGAAGAAGAAGUCCGAGGACAGCGACUCGAGCCUGGACGACUCGGCCAGGAGCGAGAUCCCCAAGAAAUGGAGGAAUACAUACCUAGACCCGUGGACGUGGAAGACGACGACGGACUUCAACACGACCUUUACGGACGAGAUGGUCGGGGAUCUACCGGUGAUGGGGCUGAUGUCGGAGUGGGACGACUCGGCGCGCGCCAACGACAAGGUGCCGGCGCUGAACGAGGCGUGGGGCAACUACUCGACGAAGCCGGCGCGAGGGAUGAACCUGGGCGGGUGGCUGUCACCGGAGCCGUUCAUCACGCCGUCGAUAUUCCCGGAGGGUGUGGUGGACGAGUGGGGGCUGUGCACGAAGCUGGGCAGCAGCAAGUGCGCGUCGACGCUGGAGGAGCACUACGCGAGCUUCGUGACGGAAGACGACUUCAGGCAGAUAGCGGAGCUGGGGAUGGACCACGUCCGGAUCCCGUUCUCGUACUGGGCGGUGGCGGUGUACGACGGCGACCCGUACGUGUUCCGGACGUCGUGGCGGUACCUGCUACGGGGGAUCGAGUGGGCGCGCCAGCACGGGCUGCGGGUCAACCUGGACCUGCACGCGCUGCCGGGCAGCCAGAACGGCUACAACCACAGCGGGCGCAAGGGGGCCAUCAACUGGCUCAACGGCACGGACGGCGACACCAACGCGGACCGCAGCAUCGACGUGCACGACCGGCUGUCGCGGUUCUUCGCGCAGGACCGGUACAGGAACAUCAUCACGCACUACGGGCUGGCCAACGAGCCGCGCAUGGUGGAGCUCGAGGCCGACAAGGUGGUGGCGUGGACGGAGAAGGCGUACGGGCUGGUCAAGGGAAACGGCAUCGGCGGGCUCGUCGUCUUCGGCGACGGCUUCAUGGGCCUCGAGAACUGGCAGGGCCUCAUGACGGGCUACGACGACCUGGUCCUCGACGUCCACCAGUACGUCGUCUUCAACGACGACCUCAUCUCCUUCACGCACAAGCGCAAGAUCCAGUACGCCUGCUCGGGCUGGACCCAGCAGACCGAGCUCAGCCUCGACCCGAGCCAGGGGUACGGCCCCUCCCUCUUCGCCGAGUGGUCCCAGGCCGACACGGACUGCGAGCCGAGGCUGAACGGCGGCGAGGCCGGCAGCCGCUGGGACGGCACGCUGGCCAGCGACAGCGGCGGGCCCCAGUGCCCGUCGGCCGACUCGAGCUGCUCGUGCGACGAGGCCCUGGCCGACCCGGACUCCUUCAGCGACUCCUACAAGAAGUUCCUGCUCAUGUUCGCCGAGGCCCAGAUGCACAGCUUCGAGAUCGGCUGGGGCUGGUGGUACUGGACCUGGAAGACGGAGAGCGCCCCCCUGUGGAGCUGGAAGGCCGGUGCUGCCGCCGGCAUCCUGCCCAAGAAGGCCUACGAGAGGGACUUUGACUGCGAUUCGGAUAUCCCCGACUUUGGCGAUGAGGGUCUAUGA